AUGUCCUACCUUUCACGCCUGAGUCCGAUCCCAGCCUUCCCCGAAUACACGGGCCCUUACAAAGUCGGCACCGUCGAUGUCGAGAUCCCCGUUUCCGAACUCGAAGCCCCCAGCGCCGCCCCCGAGGGUUCUGACAAGAUCCAGACCGUCCAGUAUCGCAUGUUCUACCCAGCCGUGCCCGAAUCGAACGAGAAGCGUAUCAGCUGGUUGCCGAACCCUCAGCGACAGCAUUUGGUCGCCUAUACCAAAUUCCUGGGUCUUGGUCCCAUGCUGUCCGAGUUUCUUUCCUUUCUCCCACGACAUCUCCAUUACACUACGAUCCCUGCCCACAAGAAUGCGAGGCUCCUCGAAUCUUUGACUGAGAACAAGCGAUGGCCUACGAUGAUCUUCUCUCACGGCCUGGGAGGCUGCCGAAACUCCUACUCCUACAUCGCCGGCUCUCUCGCCUCUCAUGGCAUCGUCGUAAUCUGCCCUGAGCACCGCGAUGGCAGCGCUGUUGCCAGUUUCAUCCGCGUACCCGAGAAGCAAAACGAAACAAUCACAUCCAACAACCGAAUUCAAGUUCAUUACGAAAAGAUCUCGCACGAUGUCAGCCCUGAGGUCUACCAGGCCCGCGAAGCCCAACUCCGAAUUCGAUGCUGGGAGCUUGGCCUUAUUCACCAAGCUAUGCUAUCUGUUGACCGUGGCAACAAAUUGACCAAUCUGAACCGAUCUACGCUCAGCCUUGAUCAAUUUGUCGGCCAAUCCAACAUUCACGAGCCUGGCAGCAUCAUCUUUGCCGGGCACAGCUUCGGAGCAGCCACUGUCACGCAACUUAUGAAGAGCACGUAUUACGCUGGUGUUCCUGAAGUUGCUGCUAUCGAAAAGCCCAUCUUCUCUCCUGCUGAGGGCAGCGACAUUAAGAAGCAGAUCACCGAGAAGACUCUCACUAUGCUACUCGACAUGUGGUGCAUGCCCUUGAUGGCUCCCAACUCGAAGCCACUCUUCGAUCUGCCUCUGCCUGUCUAUGCCGACAAGCCUACUGCCCCCGGUGGCAAGGCCAUCUUGGCAGUUGAAUCCGAACAUUUCUUCAAGUGGAGAGAUCACCUCAACCUGAAGGCUCGUAUCCUGAGUCCUGAUCCCACUGCCCAGGUCGUGGCUCCUCAGCUAUUUGAGAGACCUAGCGGAAUCAAGAUGUCGGAACCAAACUUCUUCUACGUCAUCAACUCUGCUCAUUUGAACCAGUCCGACUUUGGAAUCUUGUUCCCGUGGUUGACCCAGAAGAUCUUCAAGGCAGAGCAGCCUGAACGAGCACUCCGUCUCAACCUCCGCGCACAACUCCAAAUGCUUCGUGAGAACAACGUUCCUAUCGGCCGUACUUUUGAGGGAGACCUCGUAGACGGAACGUCUUUUGACAAGCUCGAAAAGUUCAACCAAGAAAAGGGUGAUCCGUGCAAGGACGGUAUCAAUGACGACCAGGCCAUCUUCGAUACGAGCGGUAACAACCCCGUCGGUUUCUGGCGAUGGAUCGACAUCAUUGGCCUCGGCGAUACUGGCGAUAAAAAGACGACCGAGAAGAAGGUUGAAGAAGGCGAAGAGGAGAUGAAGGGCGAACUUGACCCCGGUGAUGAAGUGCCUGGAGCACCACCCAGCAUCACCCGAACGAUGAGCGCUACCGCGGCAUGA